AUGCCAGUAUCCAAGCAGACCCUCAAUGUCGGCGGCAUUGCCGUACAUGUGUAUUCUACACCGAGCGCAACUGAUGCCUCCGCGCCAGUCAGCGUCUUGUUCUUCCUCCACGGAAGGACAGGCUCUGCUCAGGAUUCCGAGUGGGUCGCUGAAUCUACACUCGGAUGGAUAGACGAGCAGCGCAAGGCCUCUGGCAAAUCCGCUGAGGAUCUACUCAUCGUGACCUUUGAUCAACGUAACCACGGAGCGCGGGUAGUGGACCUGCACUCUAACAGUGGAUGGAGAGAACAGCCACCGGCAAAGAAUGAUCGCCAUGCUCUAGACAUGUACGCGAUUCACUCCGGGACGGCGAGGGAUGUGUCAUUCCUCAUUGACUUCCUACCAUCCUAUCUGUAUCCAUCUGGUGAGCGUACCGUGUCCAGUUGGCUGAUUGGAGGGAUUAGCCUUGGUGGACAUUCCACAUGGUAUGCACUCCGCAAUGAGCCCAGGAUCACACUCGGUGUCCCUAUCAUUGGGUGUCCGGACUACACCGCCUUGAUGACCGAGCGUGCCGGACUGAACGGCAUCCCAUGGGAGCCUCCAUAUAUCCCGCGGUCCCUUCUAGAUCUCAUCGAGCGGUAUGACCCGGCAGCGGCCUCGUACACCGUUCCCGACGCCUCCAACCCGUUCCUCGGAAAGAAAAUACUCGUCUUGUCCGGUGGGGACGACAAGCUUGUCCCGUGGUCCGCGUCGAAAACAUUCGUGGACAGUCUCAACGUAGGUUUAGGCGGGGUGAAGGAAGUGAUUGUUGCACCUGGAGUUGGCCAUAAAUGCACACGAGAGAUGGUGCAGGCAAUGUCGAGGUUCAUUUGGACGGAAGCCUUGACGCAGUAG